ACUGGGCUGCAACAUCAAUAACAGCCUUCAGCAUAAUACCGCUGCUGCUGCUGUGAGAUCCUCCAGGGAGCGGACAGAGGGCGACGGCUGCGUUUCUGACAGCCUUCCGUCACCGAAAAUACAUUUCUGACUGAGUUUCCCUGCUCGGUUUGAUGUGAAAUCGGGGCGCUGCGGGGGAAAAACACCCUGGAAGAAGGUGACAUGCCCUUCAUUGCCUUGGCGCAGUCAGUGCGCCGAUCGCUGCCAGACGCGGACGAGGUAAAUACCGGAAUGGUACGUUUGCAUUUCUAAUUUUCCACCUAAGGAGGCCCGGCUCGGUUUCCCACAUGUUUUUUGUUUGAUAUUUUGGCGGAAUAACCACACUACAUGAAAGAUCGCCGAGCCGAAGCGACGCGAAAAUGCAGCACAGCGGGUGUUUGGGUGCAGGUGGAUGGCCAACCUGACGGACCCAGCCGCCGCUUCCCUCCCGCCGCCGUUCAGCUGCCGCCGCCGCUGCCGCAGCGGCUCGGGCUCCGCUCCGCGCUGUGAAAACAAACACAAAUAAUUAAAUAAAUAAAACAAAUAACGCUGAGCCAUGCUGCCCGGGGUCGGCGUGUUUGGCACCAGCCUGACCGCCAGGGUGAUCAUCCCGCUGCUGAAGAAUGAGGGCUUCGCUGUCAAGGCGCUGUGGGGCCGGACCCAGGAGGAGGCGGAGGAGCUGGCCAAGGAGAUGAACGUGCCGUUUUACACCAACCGGAUCGACGACGUGCUGCUGCACCAGGACGUGGAUUUGGUCUGCAUCAACCUGCCUCCGCCUUUGACGCGGCAGAUCGCUGUCAAAACACUGGGUAUUGGCAAGAACGUCAUCUGCGAUCGGACAGCCACACCUCUGGACGCCUUCCGAAUGAUGUCAGCAGCCCAGUACUACCCCAAGUUGCUGAGCAUCAUGGGUAAUGUGCUGCGUUUCUUGCCGGCCUUCGUUCGCAUGAAGGAGCUGUUAGAGGAAGGAUACAUCGGAGAGCUUCUGGUCUGCGAGGCCCAGGUCCACAGUGGGAGUCUGCUGGGGAAGAAGUACAACUGGAGCUGUGAUGACCUGAUGGGCGGCGGCGGCCUGCACUCGGUGGGCAGCUACAUCAUCGACCUGCUGACGUUUCUGACGGGCCAGCGCGCAGUGAAGGUCCACGGCUUCCUCAAGACGUUCGUCAAACAGACGGAUCACAUCCGGGGCAUCCGUCAGAUCACCAGCGACGACUUCUGCACGUUUCAGAUGGUACUUGAGGGAGGAGCCUGCUGCACCGUCACACUCAACUUCAACGUGCCCGGCGAGUUCCGGCAGGAGGUGAUUGUUGUCGGGACUGUCGGGAGGUUAACGGUCACCGGGACGGACCUGUACGGACAAAAGAACAGCGGAGGAGGAGGAAGUGGUGGUGGUCCAGAACUCCUACUCAAAGACAACACUCCUCUUGAGAAGGCCUCCUUACCAGAGAAGGCCUUCAGUGACAUCCCGUCCCCGUAUCUCACAGGAACGAUCCGCAUGAUCCAGGCUGUGCGGCAGGCCUUUCAGGACCAGGACGACCGGCGGACGUGGGACGGAAGGCCUCUGACAAUGGCCGCCACCUUUGAGGACUGUCUUUACGCUCUUUGCGUGGUGGAUACCAUCAAGAAAUCCAACCAGUGCGGAGAGUGGCAGAACAUUGUGGUGAUGACAGAAGAACCGGAGGUCAGCCCGGCCUACCUAAUCAGCGAGGCUAUGCGGCGGAGCAGGAUGUCCCUUUACUGUUAGCAGCCUCUUUGACCUCCCUGCUCGACAAGAUGCCUGUGUUACUUUAUAGACUUUGGAUGGUGGCAAAAGGGCUUGGCAUUGUUGGAGCUUUGUUCAUACAGAUUCCAGUUCCAGUGCUUAAAUCCGUUACCAGUUCUUUUUUAAUAAAUCUGCAUCAAUACUGUUACAGAGAGCUUAUACCAAUAUGAUACAGAGAGUUAUGGUUUUCCUGAUACCUGGCCCUGGUAGUGAGGGGGCUUGUAGAGCCAUCGCAACACCCUCAGUAGAAGAAGAGCAAUGUGAUUUUUGGUUUUUAAUUUUAUUUUUUAUCAGUAAACCUUUAUUUAUGUGGAAGCCUUUGCUUUCUUCCCUGACAGAGGACUAGUGUCCUGCCCAGAGAGAUGCACUUGUACACUGAGAUUGGCAACCAUCCCAUGAAAAGUUCUGUCCUGAGGAAAGCUUGCUUACUUUACUUGAGGCAGAGGCAGUUCAGGGAGUGAAACCGCUUCCUGGUACCUCAUUGACAUUUUGUUGUAUGACUAGUUGAUCAGUAGGAGGCGUUGAGAGCAUCCAUUUCUUCCUGGGUCUCUGCAUCUGAAAAUCCAUGGGAUUACCUGAACAGCGCUGAAAUUUUCUCUCCUGGGAUUUGCUUCUAAUCCAUUUGUUACAGACACUAGUGAUCUGCCACCAUGCUGGCUGCGUCCAUGUCGAAAAGCCUGCUUGGCCGUAAAAAUAAUGCACCUCUCUUCUCUUCUCUUGUCUUCUCUUCUCUCCUCUCCUCUCCUCUGCUCUCCUCUUCUCUCCUCUCUUCAUGACUUGGUCUGGAUGACACACCUUUACACUGUGGGUCCGAUUGAGGACAGCUGAGAAAAAACGAUAGUCUUCAAAUAAAACUGUGCCGCUGUGUUGUUGCUAUAAUCUGGACUACUUGCUAGUUUACCAAGUGAAUGUUGAAAAUCAAUGUGCUUGAUUGCUUCUGUCUUUGUCUCUACCUGCUCAGUAUGCUUCUGUACGUGUGAAACCAGAGUGGAAAAAAAAAAAUCAAUAGUUUGGCUGGUGGGUUUUUCAGAGGGGUUUACCCUCUGCUUUAAGUAUGCAAUAUAUCCAGGCCUGAGUUCCCAGUAGAACUACUUUUUAUCAUCUUGCCUGGAGCAAAGGAGUGAAUGUCUUGCCUGCUCUGCAUUUAAAGGUCUAUAUAGUGGUAUGCCUAUAUGCAAUUAGAUUAGGCUGCGCACCAGUGUGCAAGCCCUGGUGUGUUACAUAGACUGUAAGAAUGGUCAAUGCACGGUUCAUUCAUGCCGUUCUUAAUAAUUUCAUGCUUUUUCUACCAAUAUAUAGCCAUGAAAUACACUGAGGUGUGUGUGGUGUGCUAGUGCAUAUUGGUAUUGAGCCUUAAAUCUGGGUAUUAAUGCAAUCUUGCACUGUGUUGUGAGUAAAAAGCUUUGCCGUGUGGAUUUUUUCUUUUCAUAAUUUCAAUCUGAAGGGUUAUCCCUGUGGCAAGCUGACUUUAAUCUAGCAGGGAAGCGUUAGUAUGCUUUACCAAUCUUCUUUACACAUACACUGGAACAACAGGGAGAGCGCUCAGUAAUAUGAAAGCUUGCCAGCACGCAUCGAGUCUACGGUUUGGUUUCUGACCUAAGACUGGAAAGCAGUGGCUCACAGUUGCAGUAAAUUAAAUGUGCAGCACACUGAGAGGCAUUGUGGUAGAGAUCAGCACAUCAAAUUGGUUAGACAGGCUUUCUCUCAGUUUCCAUGCGAGGUGUUAAAACCGGAGGCAUCAUCUACAUGCAUCAUGGCUGCAGCAGUACUUCAACCUUUUGGAAGCCAGUGGGAUUUAAUUGUGACAGGAUAAUAUUAGACAAGAGCGCCCUUGAAGAGGAGGCUGUUUAAGAGCUGAUAGUAGAGAGACAUGAGAGUAAAAGAAGUGAGACAAGUGAGUCAUGCAUGGAUUACAAAAGGAUAUGAACACCAAGGCAGUCACCGUGUAAGACAAUGUAAAUAAAGGAAAACCAAAGUGUGACUUGUAUUUUAAGUGUCAUUUGGGUGCGAUACUUUACAAUGACAUUUGCGAAACAUUGAAUUGAUCUGUCAGUGCAGCUGUCUACGUACUGACAAGAAGCAAAUUUUCGAUGCAUAUCAAUCAGACCGGAGCUAAAUCUUUGCAAACCAUGUUCUGUUGGUCACAGAAAAGGUAACUUGACCUUGAGAUAGUUUCUGCCUCUCAUUGUACUGUAUCGCACCAUGGGGCCAACCUCACCCAUCUGGCACCGUGGCUAAGCAUUUGCAAGUACUGUUUGACACAGGUUUGAUGUCAGUCAAUUCAAGUGAGAGAAGAACACUGUAGCACACUGACCUACAAGCCAAAAGAUUGAUUUUUUUUUUUUUUUUUUUUCAUUUUUCAUUUCUUUUAGCUGCUUGAAUGCAUCUCUGUUCCCUCUUGUGGUUUGGAGUUCUUGAACUGUGCUGAAAUACUAUCUAUGUAAAGACUACUGAAAAUGUACAUAUGAAAAUAUUAUAAAACACAGUAUGUGUUCGUCAAAAGAAAUAAAUAAGUACUGUAUGUAUUUUAUGUGUAAAAAAAAAAAACAACAACACAAAUCCAAGGAACUGGAACAUGUUUAUCAAAAACACUGUUGAGUGUUAAGGUAUUUAUUUGUUUCUGCUGUUUAUGUUUUUUGGACUGAUCUGUACUGUAUUUGGGGGAAGAAUAACAAUAGACUGAGGCCUUGGAGCAUUCAGCUUCUGAGUGUAUUUGUUCCCAGCGUAUGAAAUCUUGAACAAAGUUGUCCCCUUUUCAACAGAAAUGUGUUUGAAAAGCUUUAUGUGACCCCUCUGCAUUCAACAAACAGAAAAGUACAUUAUGAGCACCCAUUCCUGUUCCUAUCAUCUUGGCCCCGAUCUGGCAUAACAUCAUAAUCAUCCCAGACUCAGGCACACGUUAUUUAAUGAUAAUCAGUGGUUGUAAGCAUCGCAGCUCACGUACUAGCAGUAAUUUAUGAGUCCCCCCAUUAUCUAGUGUUAUGUUGUAAUGUGUCACAUUGUACUUUGCUGAGAGGUGAGCACAUUUUGUUGUGGUGUCCCAUUACAACAAAUACUGUGGUGCCGUCAGCCACACUUCACUUCGUAACACUUACUGUUGUUACAAACUUUUUAAAAAAAACAUCCUUGCUGUUUUCAGUGGUGUCCAACACUGAUAAGCUAUCAUGCUUUAAGAUAACACAAGUAAUAACUAUUGCCCCGUAAUGGUUCUGUAUCACAAGCCGACAGCCUUAUCAAACCUGCGUAUAGACUUUCCCCUUUGUCUGAUAACAGCUUUUUAUAUAUAUCUUAACUUAAACCUAUAAAUAUGUUAUGUUUUGAAUUGCCAGGGCAAUUCAGGGCUAAUUUUGUCCGCUGCUGUUUCUUGAGCUGCAUAAUGUCUUACCAGUCAGGGUUAACUUAACUUAAUUCAUUUUGGUUGGUUGUCACUCUAACCAACUUUUAUCAGAGGAUUCAAAGACACCGGACAGACAGGUAUGUCAACAGAAGGGGAGAAAAAAAAUUAUUCAUGGGCCUACGAUGCCUUUUAUAAGAUUUAUCAUCAUCAUCGUCAUAUGUUGUUUUUUUUUCCCCAGAAAAUUUCCAUAUUCCUCUGCCAAGCCUGUAAACGUAUUUUAUUGCUGUCUGUUUUAUGGCUCUGUGCUACAGUCGAGCCGGCUGAGGUCCUGUUGUCUAAUUUGGCUGCGAGAGGUUCCCUUUAGACUGAAGUCAGCAUGCUUGGUCUCUGUUCACUUUCAGUUCAGUCAAAACUGGAGGUGAGUUUUCUUUCAAGUUUAACAAUGUCCUGCUGGGAAAGAAUACUCUUAUCCAGUCUACAGAGAAAUGAUUGAGAAUGAAUGCUCUAUCAUUGUUUACAUUUAUGUUUUGAACUGGUUGAAUUGGAAGUGAAUGGGCAUCAGUGCCGAUCUCAAGUGGAGGAUAAUAUAUAACAGCUGCACAGUGUUGUCAAGGAGAUAAAGUCCGUGGCCUAAUUACCCCUUUAAACCUUUAUAAUGGUUUAGUCCUUUGGUUGAGCACCUUCCCUUUUAGAUGUGAAAGGUCAUGCCAGUCUGUGUUGCAGGGUUACACAGAACAAUGUGUGGGACGUGCACUUUGCUCUAGCACUUUCUCUGCACUAUGGUAUCAUUAAAAUCAGCUUUAUUCCACAGCUAGUCACCCAGGUUGUCACAACGCUUGUUGGGAAAUCCAGCUCUGUGCAAAUGUAGGCAUGACUGAAGUUUUGCAUUCUUAUUGCACCGCUGCUGCAAUCUUGCUUCAGCUCCAUGGGGAAUUAUUUGGGAAAUUCUACUGCAAGAUGGUGUAUUAGUCUGUGUUUUGAAAUUGCUUCCUCCUGGUAUUUAAUAUUUGAGCUGCUGUAGCUACAUUGAGCUCAACAAUAACACCUUUAUUGUUCACAAAAAAAAAAACAGUGAUCCACCUCUGCAGUCACAAUUAAACUCUACUUCGAUAAUAUCAAUACAAUCACAGUUCCAUAUGCGUUUUAAA